UCUUCCAAUGUAUAUAUAAAUAUUAAUACUUUUGAAAUCUAUUUUUAUAACUACAAGUUGUACCAUUUUAUUCAUUGACUUAAAUAAUCAUUGUCCUCCAUCAUUUUUUAUUAAUACUAAAAGACCCUUCUCUUUUUUAUAACUUACAAGUUGUAUCAUUUUAUUCAUUGACUUAUAUAUGAUCAUCUUCUUCUCUGUAAAAUUCUGUAAGCAAGAAAGAUCGUUAAGGGGUUAAGGAGAGACUUGAAUCGUCGUUCCAUAGCUCAUCCAUAUUACCAAAAAAAAAGUCUUUCACUUAUCGAAGAUGGGACUCAAUGAACCUUGCAUUUAUAGAGUACCAAGUCGGAUACGUGAUGUGAAACCUGAAGCCUAUACACCUCGUAUGGUCGUCAUUGGCCCACUUCAUCGUUAUCCCAAAUCAACUACCAUAGACGGGGCUGAAACUAGUAGCUAUCCAUGGCAUAUAAAACCAGAAUAUAGUAUGAUGGAAGCCAGAAAAAAGGUGUACUUCGAAACUUUUUCAAAAUAUGGAGAUGGUAUUGUGAAAAUGAGGAAAAUCGUACAAGGCGAGGAAAAAAAAAUUCGGGAUAGCUAUGAAGAAUCGACUGAAUGGAUACCAUCCGAAUACUUCGUGGACCUUAUCCUUCAUGAUGCUUUGUUCAUUAUGCAGUUCCUUCUUACUACGCGAAUUGGACGUUCAUAUGACGAGAUUCUGGGCCAAGAGUCAGUGGUUAGAAAUGAUUUAAUCUUGCUCGAGAAUCAACUUCCCUUUUUCAUCUUGGAUCGCUUGUUCAGUUCCGAUCGCUCUUUCAUGACCAAUGUGAUGUUAUUGCAUAGAUGUCCCACCAUUAAAGAUUUCAUCUUAAAUGCUUUUGGCCUAACAAUCGAAGAAAAUCCAAACUUCAAGCAUUUCACAGACAUGUUUCGGUACGUUUAUGAAAAAUCGCUAGACAACAUUCCAGGACAUGUGAAACUAACUCCCUGGAGUUGGCCACAUAACAUAGAGUUAAUGAACGCGGAUAAUCUAUCAAAAGGAGGAGUGAAAUUCAAGCCAUCAGGUCUUUUGAAUUUAUACGACCCUGCUGCCAUACCCAUGUCUAUAUGGAGGACGCCUCCUAUGCCUAAUGAACUCAAAGACAUAAAAAGAGCGAUGUUUGGGGUGUUUUCGUUGCAUGUGGAGUUUAAGAAAGGUAGAUUAACGAUGCUGAGUUUUCGUGCUAAUCAAUGGUUUGAUAUGGUUCUAAGAAAUGUAAUAGCAUUUGAGCAGUGCCAUGUUUCUCUAAUACCCUUUACUACCAACUACGUACAUUUCUUAAAUUUUCUAAUUACUUCCGAUAGAGACGUCGAGGUACUCAGCGAAGAAGGGGUGGUAACAAACAAUAUCGGUCGGGUGAGCUUGGUGGUGGACAUGGUGAACAAGUUACAGGUUGGUGUGAAAGUAGGGAACACCUCCCAAUACUUCUACAUAGCCGAGGAUCUCAGAGCUCACUGUAAAUCUCGAAGAAAGAGGUGUUGGGCGACUCUCAGAAAAGUCUACUUCAGCGACUUAUGGACCGGAACAGCAACUUUAGCCGCAGCGUUUCUCUUGCUUUUGACUCUGGUCGGAACGGUUGCUUCUGUCAUCCAAGCUUACAAAAGCUUCAAGUAAACUACAUAUGCUUUAUCGUCCAAAACUUUUUUCCAAGUUUUAUUUAAGCUUAUUCAUGUACUUUGGUGACUGGUUGUUUAUUUCUCAAAAAGAUUGUGUUUUUUAACACGGGACAAGACUAUGGAAUUUAUACAUUACUAGAUUUUGUAA